GAGACAUCUUGUUUUGGUUUGUUACGCACAAACCUUACAGGAAAUGAGUUAUCCAAAGAAAACAUAUUUUACAAACAUUUUCAAGGCCGUUGAAGGUAUCUCGGGGAGCGUGCACCUAAAUCGUGUAAAGAUGCUUUGGUAAGUAGAUAUUCUUUGGAGAAUGUAAUGAAUUCAAAUCGCAUGAAUUGCUCAUGCAGUUCGUGAUAUAUGGUAAAACGUAAUGUUUUCAAAGGUUUUCAAAUUGCUUUCGUCCAAGGAUCAUGUAACCACAGAAGCUUUCUAAGAUUCACUCUGGCCUUUAAAUUACGAAAUGUAGUAGCGUUCAUGCAAUUUCCUACACUUACACACGAGCUGUCAAUGAAUUGCGAUAUAGUCUCUCCGCACAAUUUAAAAUCUCUUGUCUGUUUUGGUAUAACUUAAGUCUGGAGUAAGUAAUCUUCGACAAUAAACACACCAAUUUUGAAUUAACAAUAGAACGUGGCUAAAGUAAAGUUAAACCGAUUUUAACUCUUUCGAAAACAAAAGAAGGUGAAGGUAGUUGACUUUAAGGCUUUCGAACUUGACUUGAGUUAAUUCCUGCACUGCUCAUUUUAGAUCGUCUCGUCUUUGUGUACAAACUAAAUACUAUGCAAAUUCAUAUUCGCUUGAUGUCCAUGGACAGGCUCAAUUCCUUAAUCGAGUGGAUUCUUGCUCUCUGGGGACAAGGUUCUUAGAACAUAAAUACAAGUUAGACGGUAUUGCAUAAUUAUUCAAAAGUUUUGCCUUUACUUGUGAUUUUAAGAAAUUUCCUUUGAGAUAAAAUGUACAAAGAAACCUAGGGGUACUUUAGCUUGCUGACGGUUGAAGGCAAGACUAAGAUAUACCAGCACGAAACGUGAAAACAACCAUAUCAAAAAAUUUUAAACUUUGUUAUUGGCGACUGAAUACGGGAAACAAAACAGCCAUUACAAAGAUUAUACGCGCUCGAACUGAAAUUGGGUACGUCCUACUGAAAAACACGGAAAAAAUAAAACUUAAAGGUACAAAUUUUAUUUUUUGAAGAAUUCUUAUUAACUUUUGCCGUGGAGACAAGCACGACUUAUGCGACAGACUAAUAAGCAUUCUUUGAUAUCUUAUAAUUAUCAGUUAGUCAAGAAAUAACUCAAAACCGCAUGCUUUUCGUGAUAUAGAAAGACCAAGACAUGAGUAUAUCAGACUGAUAGCAGGGGAGGCCGGCGGUCAAUUCUUUAAGGAAAGCGUAAAUUUUGCCAUACGUAAAUCGAAGCCUUUGUUUUACCAUUUUUUUCACGAUUUGACAUUGUCGGGACGAGAUAAAAUAAUUUAUUUAAAAAAUAAAGCCAUAAUCCUAAAAGGUGAGCUGGAAUUUUAGCUUUUGCAGAAAAGAAACCUGGAUAAAAAAAAAAUUCAAACUUCGAUGGGAUUCAGACCCAUGCCCCCAGAUUCUAGUUGGGCAUAACCAACUGAGCUAGGAUGCAGGGAAAAUUCUAGGAGCUUCUUCUCAAACUUAAGUCGGUGAUAAGUGACCUCUCGACUUUUUAGUGUUGGUUUUUCGGCAUCCUUUGGCGGUAUUUAUAUAGAAAGAAUUUCAAGUCCUCUGGGCAGACGGUCUCAGUUUAGCCAUUGAGACCAUCUAUCGAACUUAAAACUAUAUUGUAGCAUAGUACUUAGCACUAGGUUGGAAAAUUUUUCUUUCUUGAGUAUCAAAGCCGCUUAAUGACAACUUCUUGAAAUUAAACCCGAAGUUUGGAUUAUAAAUGUCUUCCAGGACAUCUUUAGAACAAAAUAGCAGUCAAAAUCCAUCUCCGCUGAAAACAUAACAUAUUUUCCUGCGCAAUUCUGUUCUGUGGUAUUUUAAAUUUUAUAUCACUGAACAAAGCAAUCAAAUUAAUUACAUACUUAAACUUCUCACCUGUGAAGCAUGCUCAGUUUUCACUAUUUCCAGCUCGUGCUUGAAGGUCCUAUAAGCAGCCUCCAAGUCACCAAACGUUUCCUUAGCUGAGGCCAGAUGGUGUAAUGUCGCAUCUGCUGCAUCCACAGACCUCUCGAUUGAGCUCGAGAAGCUUGUCUCUUCCAAAGAUUCUACGCGUGACGAACGAGACAUCUUUAAAAAAGUUGUAGUGUCUAUGUGUGUCUCGUUCAGGUAGUGGCAAGCAACAUAACGAACGGUUUUCUAUUUACGUAACUCCACUGUUUGCUAAACAAGGUGGUUUCGUGCAGUCAAAAUGUUUUAAAAUCUCAGCUGAUUAGUAGCGAAAUAUCUAUAUAUUUUAUUUUUUUGUUGUGGGACGCUAAUUUGGCUUAACUGACAAAAACCAAUAUUUCAAUAGUCUCUCAUAGCAACAGUUGUUUGUCAGUGACUUCAAAACGGCACGGUCCCAAAAGACUCGACGCGGCUGUCAUUGUUCAUUCAAGAUAGCUUGACGCUUUGCGCUUUUUUUUUGUGAUGAAGAGAUUGAGUAAAGGAGACCAAUUCCAUUUGGUGACGAAUGUAAACAAAAGCACAAGCUCGUCAAACUACGCUGUGAAGAAAGUGGCUAUUUGCUUUGUUUGGAGCGUGGGAAAUGAAAACAACAUCUGAGUUCCCCACGAGGAAUCAAACACCAAACCUUUGAAUAGAUUACGCGGUCCGAUGCUCUCACUGAAUUUCAAAGACCUCGUUCGUGGGCCAGUCCAUACAUUAUCUUCAUGUGAAGUGCCUGUAUUAGUGAGUCACUGGUAUUUCCAAGAUCGAUUCAUAGCUGAAGAAAUAACUUGAACGGGCCUAUAGCGGUUCAUUUGCCUAAAGCCUACCUAGUUACAAAGUUACUUUUUCUCGUGAAAUCCUGAGAUUUUCAAUUUGAAAUAACAAGCUCUCCCUUUGUUUCCGAAAGUUACUGGUUUUAAAGCCUUUCCAUUCUACUUUCCACUGUGAUGAAUGGGUUUCCUGUGCAAGUGAAAAGCGUCACAGUGUCACAGGCAGUAAAUCUUUUAUUUACUAUACUGUAUGACGCGCCGCGGCGUGUGGUAGAAUUUGCGCAUUGCAGAUGCGGUGCUUAUUCGGAGUUGCGCGUAUUCAAAAUCAUCAAAAUCCGACAAAAAUCGGUUUGAUGAUUCGUUUGCUAAAUACACCACUUUCGCCAUGAACUACAAAAAAUGUACUUUUGCUUUUUGUACUUUUGCUAAGGGAGAGACGAGAAGGACCAGACAGCAUUAAAAUUUGGUGGGGUUAGAUUGUGUGAGCAAAGCCAAAAUUGGAAAGAUUUCUAAAUAGUUAGAGGUAUGAUGCGACUCAGAGUGAACCACCGGAAGUAAUUUUGAGGUAGAAAUGGCGAAUUCUACAUCAUAAAGUGUCGUAACCUACAAUCCCGAUUGCUCUCAUCUUCUAUCGUAGUUGAAUAGUUGACUUGCCUCUGCUUCCUUUCCCCUCUCCCCCUCUCGACGCCUUACCCCUACCUAUAAAGACCUAACUCGCUCCAGUUGUCUCUGUACCAUGCGGCUGAGCAAGACGAAAGAGCGCGAGGUGCGAUGGGUAGGUUCGCCCUGCUUUCCUCUUUGAUCUCCCCGGCCACAAGACAUAGGCGACGAUUGGAGACAAAGCCUGUGGGCAAAAUGCUUUAACACAUACAUAGGAACUGAAAGCAAAUUUAGCUGUUGGCUACUUCAUCUCUCACAAAGCAAAGAGAAAAGGCAAGUUUGCGGUGUUACAUUUAAUCAUUUGUUCCAUAAAAAAGGUUCCUAUUUAUCGACACAUCUCCUAAUAGAACUUCAUGUUCACUGGACCUUAAUGAAGAUAAUCUUUGGCUCUUUGUUAAAACCAUAGUUAUUUUCAUAAAGAUUUUAGUUGCAUAUCCAGUACAUAACUCGUAACUGCGAAUAAGGGCAUCGGGGAAUAGGGUUGGUCACAUACGAUGAAGAAGCCUCUUAUCAAUCGCCUGAUUGUACAGAAACUAUGGAAACUUGGGUCUAAUAAUUGAGCGAAUUUCUCAUUAUGCGUACUCCCAUGUCAGUGAAUAACAAUUGCAUUUUAUAAACCGUGUUUUGUGCUCACUGCAAAAGUUAAGAAUUACCGUUUCACUCCCAUAGAAAUAUUUUGUCUUCAAAUAUAUUUCUUUUUUUCUCCGUAACUAUGAUAAAAUUCAAUUUAAUGCAAAUUCAAUGACAGGACGCGCAAGCUUUAAAUACCAGAACAAAGACAUUAGCCAUAGCUAUUGUCUUUAUUCAAUUCUUUUUUUAUUUUUCAUAAGUAAUAGACAACUCAAAAUGAAUUUGUACACGUGUUGUGCAUGGGCCUAUAUUUCGAAAAAGGUUUGCCUGCAUUUGCAGCAACGACGCAAAAAUAAAAGGCCUUUGUGUUUCAGAUCGCUUAAUGCAACUGUAUAUCAAAGAAAGAUAGAUGGAAACGAAGCAAUUGCAAAAAAAUUAGCAAGAAUAUACAGUAGACAAAAUGAAAGAUUACGUAACGUAAGAGUGAUAAAAUGAAACACGUCCCUAGAGAACAAGAUUGUGCAUGUUAACUUCGGUUUAGGAGAUUAAAAUUCCAGUGCCUGGAUGCUUGAAUGGUAUUUCGUCAACAUUUCGGAUGUUCUUUAAAUGCACUUUGAAGGCGAAUGAAGUAAUCUCAGAAACUGAUAACAAAAUUCAGAAAUUGGUUACUUGUCUAUUUAGGAGUUGAAGAGUGAAGCGAAGGCCGAGUCUGCAAAUCUACAGCGAGGGAUGUCAACCGCAGUUAUCCAAAAAGAUACAGCGAAGGAGAUUGAGCAGCUCUUUGCUGCGAAACAAGAAACCGCCUACUGGGAGGAAAGUUAUAACGGUUUACUGCCGGAACACGAGGUCUUUCAGAACAAUUUCAUGGAGUUACAAGACAAAUUAGUCGGAAUGCAGGAAGAGUAUGAAAACUCACAGAAGGAACUUUUGAGUUGCAGCAAAAAUUAUAGCAUCAAGGUGAGUUACAUCAGUCUGUAGUCUAUAUCCACCAAGUUCGAUUAUGUCAGGCAAGAUGCUGCGUGCAGGAUGGUAUAGUAUAUUAUGGGUUGGUGUGCACGACGUGAGGCGCACAGUACAAUUCGCGGUAGCUUACAUGAGGCAAAAUGUAUUGCGAGGCAAAGAGGCAGCUUUGUUGCUCUGGUCCUAUCGUGAACAGAGCAGAGAGAACAAAAUUUCCCUGAUUUUGUUUCUUUUUUCACGCAACUUUCAAAUGAAACCUGAGAAAAAUUAAGGACUUCAAUAGGAUUUGAGCUUGUGAUUCGGCAUUUCCGUUUCUUUACCUAACCAAGUGGUCUGAAGCCUACGACACAAGUUUUCAAAAAUACAAUUGACCUGCCUCAGCGCUCAACGUCCUAGUUGGCUAAACCAUCGAUUCUCGAGGUCAUGGAUUUAAAUCUUGUUAGAGUUCGAAAUUUUCUCAGCCGACAGAAACAUCACUUUAAGAAGCAUUUGAUCAUUUCAUCGAAUUUCUACAGUCCAUAUGAAUUAAUUGAUAUCCAUGAUUACAGGUAUGUAAAUUGGAGAUGCAGCUACAGAACGCAAGAAAGGAAAGAGAAAACCUUAAGACUCAACUUAGUGAAUCACGCGCCGAACUUCGUGAAGGCAAAGAACUGAACUCUUUGCUACAGAAGGAAGUUCUUAAGAUACAGCAACAGGCAGAUAGCCAUAAAGAAGAACUUGUGAACAAACAAACACAAGUGGAAAAGCUUGAAAAUGCCAACAGAGACCUUGUGUCAAAAAUUGCUGAUCUGAAUAGGCAGAUUUCCCAACGAAGAAUGGCCUUUGAAUCGCGUGCAGAGAAAGGUACGGAUGUUGAAACCGAGCUAAGUUGGUUUCAGUCAAAAUUUAAAGAGUUACUUGCAGUUUUGGAAUCUUUGAAAGCGGAAGAUUAUGGCCAUCAAAGAGACUAUUUGGUUGCUCCCGUUAAAGAGCUUACCACAAAAGAGACUGAUAAGGAGACGCUAGACAGAAUCACGGAGCUGGAAUUGGAAAAUUCAAAAUUGCGUGGCACCAUUGCUGAAAUAUUAUCAGAAAUGUCUGCGCAAGAAGGAGAAGGAUUGAACAUGGAACCCAUCUAUGCUCAAGAUGAUAUAGAACAGCUCACACAGAGGCUAGAAGAAUCUUCGAUACAAAUUAGUCAAUUAGAAAGCAGUUUCGAAGCAGCAAUUCGCGAGGGAGAUGAUUUACGAGAAGAACUUUCAUCAUCUGAACGAAGAAUGUCUCAGGCAAAAGAUCUACUACAGAAUGUUGAGGAUGCCAAUUAUGAACUCGAAGAGAAGAUGGCAAACAUGCAAAGAAAAAUUAUCAAUUACCAGCGAGAUGCUGAGAGCGCAUUGAGGCUGAACACAGACCUUAAAGCUGAGCUUGAAGAGGAAAAGUCAAAGACCAAAAGGUUAAACACAGAGGUUACAAAGCUGAAACAUGGUUUCGAUGAACUUGAAAGAAAUGCGGACUUAAAACAGGGAGAGAUCCGUGAUAAAGACGAAAUCAUUCAGAAUUUGACGGCAUCAUUGGCAGCGAACAAGUUGAGGACUGAUUCUCUGCUGGGUGAGUUGAACAAGAUUCAAGCCCAAAUAGAAAUCUCAGUGGAGGAAAAAAUAGAAAUGCAAGACGAACUUUUCGAAGCACAGAAGAGAAUUCAAGAUGCGGAUACGCAUACUCGACUGAUUACCGAAGAGAACGGGAGCCUAAGCCGUGAGGUACGGCGGUUUUAUCAAAGAUUAUCUGAGCUUAAAGCUUCGUUCAAAACUUGUGAGCACGAAAAGUUCGAUUUUCAGCAACAGGCCAUGGCUUUGCAGGAGAGGGUUAGUAAACUGGAGGCUGAGAUAGACACAUCUAUUAAGUUACCCUUCAACUUCAGCUUCAUCUGGGGACCACCAACUCCGGAAUAUGUUGCGACUUACGAUGCAGCGAAUCAAGAGAUUGAUUUACAAAAAAAGUGAAUGAGAAAAGUUAUAAGUUUUUGAAAAACGCUCUUCUGUUGCGUUGACGAGUGAAAUACUUGGCAAACUUUCAAGUGGGAGUUGUCAAGGUAGACGAGCCGACGUUAACAUAAGCCAUCCAAAGUUCUCGUCAGCGGUUAUCUCCUUUAUAAACUGAGUGCUUUACUUAAAAUUCAACAUCUGAGGCAUCGAUGCGUGAUGUACGAAUUGUGCAAAUACAUAGAAAAUAGUGCGGCAUUAUUGACACGUGUUCAAGAAAAAUUGUAAGCAAGCUCUUAACGUUAAUGUGAAGAACUGAAGAAAGGGAAGGAGUUGCACAAAUUUUUAUCUUAAAGCGAGAAAAAUAUUUCACAACCUCUAAGUAUAACUCAAUAUGGUGUGAAACCAGAUGUUUACCCAUGGAAAUGAAUUUAAGGAGAUGUGCAUACGUUGUCAAGGUUACUGAAACGAAACACAAAUAAUUAAGGACGACCACG